AUGGCUCACCGCAUAAUAACUCAAAUGGCCUUUACCGGCGCCCGGGUACUUGGUCGAGCAUUUACUGAAGCAUACAAGCAAGCAUCCGCCUCUCAGAAAUACGCGCAAGCAGGCCAGACCGGCGCAAACACCCUAUCAUCAGCAGGCUUGACCCUCAGCGAAGCCUGCCAAAUCCUCAACGUUCCUCCUCCGAAAGCCGGCACGACAGAUCUCGUCAAAGUCCACAACAACUUCAAGCGACUAUUCGACCUGAACGACCCGAAGAAAGGCGGCUCAUUUUACAUCCAAAGUAAAGUGCUACGCGCGCGGGAAAGAUUAGAGCUGGAGGUACGUGAAGCGGAAGCGGCGAAAGAACGAGAAGACGAGAAGAAGCACGGCUGGAGGCCGAAGCUGUACAGAGAUUGA